CAUACGACAACGCGCUCCACGGCCACGGUCCCCAACGACGCAACGGCACCGUUCCCCAACAACGCGGCGGCACUGUCCCCUGACGCGGCGGCGCUGUUCCCCAAUGACGCGGCCGACGCGACGGCGCUUUUCCCCAACAACGCGACGGUGCGGCUCCCCGACGACGCAGCGGCGCUGUCCCCCGACGCGGCGGUGCUGUUCCCCAAUGAGGCGGCCGACGCGACGGCGCUGUUCCCCGACGACGCGACGGCGCUGUCCCCCGACACCGCGGCACCGUUCCCCGACGAGGCGGCGGUGCGGCUCCCCCACGGGGCGAUGGCGCUGUCCCCUGACGCGGCGGCACGGUUCUCCGACGACAUGGCCGAUGCUGUGGUGCUCGCACACACUGCACUAGUGACGGUGCCUCCCCCGCACUGCAACCUCGUACAAACACCCUCCAGCAUAGCCUUACCCCUCAACGAUGGCGACAACGACUCAGAGGACGACUAUCCUGGCCUGGAAACACCACCGGAGGGCUCAGAAUCGGACGAGGAGACUGCUCAGCCUCCUGCACCCCACAUGCAGCUUGUCGUAGACGGGUGGACGAGUCCGCAAGGCUCCUUCACCCAUGUUGUUGCACGGCUAGACGGGCAACUCGCCGAGGUCGAUUUCAUGAGGCCAAGUGACAGCUUCGCCGAGCUCGAGGAGUCCCGGGCCCGCUGGCAAGGCUGGCUCAACAUCCUCGAACAUCCAACCAGUCACGGUGUUCUCCCGGAGGAGACCACUGCGCACCAACGUGCUGUCCUGCGCGGCCUCGCGAACGCACUGAUGAAUUUCAGCAGUGCGCAGGAUGGAAGCCGCCAACGCGACUGGCCUCAUUUCCUCGCACGUCUGCGGCGCGUUGCGGAAGCGCAGGGCUUGACGGGUGAGCGUCAGUUGGACAUUGUCCUUGACUGGGCAUCUGAAGAGCAUCAGGCUCUUCGGCACUGGCAGGCGGGCAACAUGAAUGAUCCUGAGCACGAUGAUGUCGUAGUGGGCACAGGUUCAGACCCAGGAUACGGUAGUGGCUCAGACUCGAGUAUGCCUUCUCUGCGCACGGUGUCUGCGUCGGACUCAGAUAGCGACUGA